CUUUUUUCUCAUUGCCCAUUUAUGUGUGUUUUGCCCCAACCCUCACCAGAAUUUUUCCUCCCGAAGCCCAGCCUACACCCAGCAGCUUCUUCCCAUUAAAAACAAGGUAGUGAGACCCGAGACAUGGGAAAUCGAAGGGAGUGACAAGCUAGAAGGCUAGCCAUUUGUAUUCUGGACAUAGAUUUUGAGAUAUAGAUCAUUCUUUUGUAAACUAAAUCUUGAUCUAAGUUUAUGUGGAUUGUUAGUUAUGAAUUUAACAAGUUCCGAGCCUUGUGCAUUUGUGGGAUCCUCCCACAAGUAUAUGAUGUUUGCUUCACUCCUAGUUUUGGGGCGUAACAAUAUAUCAACUUAAGCAAACUCUUAUUGGUUUUUCAUUUUUUUCUUACAAAAGUAUCAUUGCCCUUCAUUAUACCUCUCAGUAAAAUUUGUCAUGUUAC